CCGUGCAAAACAUAAACUUUAAACAACACUCAAACCCUACUCUACUCUUGAGUUUAGCGUGAAACCUCCUCUCCCUCCCUUUCUUUUUCUGGUCUGGUUGGCGAGCUUGGAAAGCAAACAAACUGACGACGGUUAAGCCAUAAGAGAAAGACUCUCUCUUUCUCUUUCUCUCUCAAACGCAACUCUCUUGCCAAACCUUAACAGUUAACAUUUAUAUAACCUUAAAAUGAUCUUCUAUUUUGGGCAACAAAACGACAAAGAAUUCGACCUCAAUUGUUAAAUCACUUACGCACGACAUAGCAGCAAUGAAGAUGGUGCAACAGGCUGGUUUGGUCGGAGAAGAAGCUGACGUGGCGAGUUCAUGUGGUGGUGGGACGGUGGUGGUGGGUGUGAAGUUGGACUCGCAUAGCAGAGAGUUGUUGACGUGGGCUCUGGUCAAAGUUGCGCAGCCCGGUGAUUCAGUGAUAGCUCUUCAUGUUCUUGGCAACAAUGAAAUUGUGGAUCGUGAUGGGAAGUCUUCGCUUUUGUCACUCGUUAAAGCUUUUGACUCUGUUCUUGACGUGUAUGAAGGUUUCUGCAACUUGAAACAGGUGGAUCUGAAGCUUAAAAUAUGCAGAGGAACAUCAAUUCGGAAAAUAUUAGUUAGAGAAGCAAAUUCUUACUCUGCAUCUAAGGUUAUAGUUGGAACUGCUAGAAAUCACCAUACAAUCCGAUCAUCAACAUCUGUGGCUAAAUAUUGUGCUAAGAAACUGUCAAAGGAAUGUGCAGUUCUUGCGGUUAACAAUGGAAAAGUUGUUUACCAAAGAGAGGGCCCUUUAUCAAAAUCUGCUGAAACACAAGGAACUGAAGAUCAUCGCCGGAAUAGUUUGCUUGAUGUAAUACACCGGUCAAUAUCAUUGACUAUGAAUGCUGGAGGACCAAAGAAUUCUAAAGUAGUUAAUGAUGAUGCUCCUAAUGUAGCACAUAAAUCUGUUAAUGAUCUUGGUUCUAUGUUGAAUUUGGAAAGGGCCUUAGCGAAAGCCGGUUCAGAUUGCUUGGACAGUGCUAGGAAACAAAACUGCUCCAUUUGUGGACCGGCUGGAGUAUUCCCAGAUGAUUCUUGUAACCCAUGUGAAGAAGAGUCAAGUUGCAAUGGUGAUGGCGGCAGAGGUGAAGGUGAUUCUUUGGCUAUAGUGCCUGUUCAGAAGGUAGAGUCACCUUCAACUUCUAUAACUUUAUUGAUCAGAGAAUUGCCUGAAGCGAGGCCUGGAUGGCCACUGCUUCGUCGAACAGUGUUAACAGAGCGACAAGCUCCUGAUAGGUCUUCAUUGAGGAAGAUCUCUGUGGUACAAUGGGCAUUGCGGUUGCCCUCUAGGCAACCUUCACUUAUUACGGAUUCAGAUCUUAAACAAAGUAGUUGUGCUCAAGGAAAUAUCGAAUCUUCCAGUUUGGAUGGAGAAAGUGGUGCAAUUGUUCCAGCUGGAAAUGAGAUUGUUAGAACUUCUUCUUCUCCUGACAAAAAUUCAACAAAACUGCCCAACGAAUUGGAGGGUCUACAUGAGAAAUACUCUGCUACUUGCAGACUGUUUAAGUACCAGGAACUCCUCUCUGCAACAUCUAAUUUCUUGGCUGAGAAUUUGAUUGGAAAAGGAGGCAGCAGUCAGGUUUAUAAAGGUUGGCUUCCUGAUGGCAAGGAGCUUGCUGUGAAAAUCCUGAAGUCAUCUGAAGAUGUGCUGAAGGAGUUUGUUUUGGAAAUUGAGAUAAUUACUACAUUACAUCACAAGAACAUCAUCUCUCUUUUGGGAUUCUGUUUCGAAGACAAUAAUCGUCUAUUGGUUUAUGAUUUUCUAUCUAGAGGAAGCCUGGAAGAAAACCUUCAUGGUAACAAGAAAGAUCCACAUGCAUUUGGUUGGACUGAGAGAUAUAAGGUGGCUGUGGGGGUGGCUGAGGCCUUAAAUUAUCUCCACAGUGGCAGUGCUCAACGUGUGAUCCAUAGGGAUGUUAAAUCAUCAAAUAUACUACUGUCAGAUGAUUUUGAGCCACAGCUAUCUGAUUUUGGACUCGCCAAAUGGGCAUCGACCUCCGCAUCACAUAUAACCUGCACUGAUGUUUCAGGAACUUUUGGUUACUUGGCCCCUGAAUACUUCAUGUACGGGAAAGUAAAUGACAAGGUGGAUGUCUAUGCAUUUGGCGUUGUACUCCUUGAGCUUCUCUCAGGCAGAAAGCCAAUAAGCAAUGACUAUCCCAAAGGCCAAGAGAGUUUAGUCAUGUGGGCAAAGCCAGUUCUAAACAGUGGGAAGGUCACACAAUUGUUAGAUCCAACCUUGGGCAACAAUUAUGAUCAUGACCAGAUGGAGAGGAUGGUUUUAGCAGCUAUUCUUUGUAUCAGGCGUGCCCCACGAGCUAGGCCUCAAAUGAAUCUUGUUCUGAAGCUCCUCCAAGGUGAUACUGAUGUAACUAAGUGGGCAAGACUACAAGUUAAUGCUUCAGAAGAAUCCGACAUGCUAGAUGAUGAAGCCUGCCCGCGUUCUAACCUUCAAUCCCAUCUUAAUCUCGCACUGCUCGACGUUGAGAAUGAUUCAUUCUCCAUGAGCAGCAUUGAGCAAAGUGUCUCAUUAGAGGACUACUUGCAAGGCAGGUGGAGCCGCUCAUCAAGCUUUGACUAACCACAUCACUGGCAACAACAAUUGCGAGUAUAAAUGGUUCACUUAUGUGAUUCUUUUGUACAUUCUUUUGGUUUCAACCCAACUCUCAGUUGGGGUUUUGCUUCUUCUCUGGAUUGCUUACCAAAUAAGGGUUGGAUGCGAGGUUGUUUGUCGGUGUGCCCUCCUCCUUUCCUUACUAGUCAUAAUAGUUGAUCUCAUUUGAUCAAGAGUUUGUUGUACGUUGUAACAAUGGAAAAUGAUUCACAUGUUAUAAAAGUGAGCACUUGAUGCAGAUAAAUUA